AGCAAUAUUAAUUUGUGAUUGUACUACAGGAAAAACAAAUAUGGUACAUUUAGAGUUUCAAGAUUUGCUGCCAAUUAUGGCGAGAAAGCUAGGCGGAGAGGGACUGAUCAACGAGCUAUGCAAAGGUUAUCGGAUGUUAAUGGAUGGUGAGAAAGGAGUGAUCACAAUUGAUAGCUUAAAGAAAAACUCUGAGCUGAUGGGAUUGCAAGAAUUUAGUGAAGAAGAAUUGAAGAACAUGAUUAGAGAAGGAGAUAUGGAUGGUGAUGGAGCUCUUGAUCAGAUUGAAUUUUGUAUUUUGAUGUUUAGAUUGAGUCCUGACUUGUUACUUGUGGCUCAACAAUUGUUACAUAAAGCUGAUCAACAACAAAAUAUUGUACACCUUAAGUGAUACUGCAUUAUUCCUGAUUCAUAUGUAAUGUUUCACUUGAUUUGUCAAUGUUAAACUUUUCUUCUUUUAACCAUGGUGUUCAAGUUAGUUUGUGUGUAAUUCGAUUGAUUUCACGGGAUGUUAUC